AUGAGGUUCUCACUACCAAAUGCCGUGCUGGCGGCAUUACCCAUCCUCUUGGCCGACCGAUUAAGUGCCUCGGCAGCAAGUGACUUGAAUUUAAACGAGACAACGCGAGUCGACUGUUACUCAGACGUGCCAGGAUACAAGAAUAACGGAACGUACACAUGGCAAACGGACGGGUACUGCCAGGAGCAAUGUGUCCAGUUGGGAUACCCUGUCAUGGCCUUGUAUGAUGGUCUCCAAUGUCUAUGCGGCGACGAGAUCCCUCCAAAUGCCACCAAGACGACUGGUUGCGAUUCCAAAUGUUCUGGCUUUCCUUCACACAUAUGCGGUGGAAAGAGCGCAUAUGAAGUCUUCCUCACUGGCACAACACCUACAGUUGCCGUUAUGGGCGAAGACAGUGCUUCCACCAGCAGCAGCACCACCACGACUGCUGGUGUAUCCGUCAUCACAAAAGCCGGCCAAACGAUCGUCGUCACGGCCUCCAACCAGCCCUCAACCAGCUCCAAGUCAGGUGGUGGCGUGAACACCGCCGGUAUCGCCGCCGGCGUGGUUGUCGGCGUUGUCGCACUCUCUGUAAUCAUCGGAGCCGCCUUCUUUUUCCUCCGACGCAAGAGGGCCAGAAAACUCGAAGAGGAAUACCGACGAAAUGCCGAAAUCAGUGCAUUCGCCCAAAAGAAACCCAACACACCAAGCUCGGACUCGCGUUGGGAUGGAGACUACAUGGCUCAACGCCGCCAAAGCAACGGCAGCAUUGACGAUGACCAGGAUUUCUCUAGAAGAAUCCUCACGGUCACUAACCCUGACGGCCGCUUGUAA